AUUUACAUUUCGCUUUUGUUAUUGUGUCUAUAACCUCACAUUAUAGCAAUAUUAGGAGAAACUUAUAAAAUUGUUAAGAUAUUACCGGUAUUAAGAUUAUUCUUUGUAUAGUAAUAAAACAUCAUGCCGAAAACUAAAGAAAAAGAAGAAGAGAAGCCUGUUGUUGCAAAAACAGCAGUUGAUUUGCAACGAUUAAAACUCCAAAAACUGAUGAAAAAUCCAGAGAAAGCUGUUAUAAUACCUGAAAGACCUAAAAUUAAAAGCACACCAACUGUACCAGAAUUUGUUCGCAAUGUAAUGGGUAGUAGUGCAGGUGCAGGUAGUGGAGAAUUCCAUGUAUAUAGACAUUUGAGACGUAAAGAAUAUGCGCGACAAAAAUUUAUUCAAGAAAAGGGACAGAAGGAACUGUUAGAUGAAGAAUAUCACAGAAAAUUAGAAGAAAAUAAAAAAAUAGCUGAGGAAAUAACAGCAAAAAAAAGAGCAAAGAGAUUAAAAAAGAAGCAAAGGUGGAAACAAAAGAAACAAAUGAAAGUUGGAAAUACUGGACUUCAUAAUAUAAAUGAAAACAGUAGUUCAGAAGAAGAAAGCUCAGGUGAACAAGAAAUAAAAGACAACAAUGAUAAUUCAUGUGAAUAUAUAUCUAAUAGUGAAACUAGUGAUAAGGACAAUAAACCUGAAGAUGACACAACUAUAAAAUCUUCAUUAACUAAUUUAAAAGAAGAUGUCGAUAAGGCUAGUACAAGUGAAGGUAAAUUAGAUUCACAAAGUAAGUGUAGCGAAGAAAGUAACUCUGACACUGUUCAUGAUAGUGAAACAUCAAAUAAAAUUGUAGAUUCGGCUGUAAAUGCAUUUAAAAAUGAAGAUACUAAUACAGAAAAGAAAAGUUCAACUGAGGCAGUUUCUUAACACUAAUAAAGAUACAAAUAUAUUUUUAAGUGUAAUAUGUAUUCAGAUAUUGUUAAUGUUUGGAAUAAUACAAACAAAAAAUCAGUUUUACAAAAGCGACGAAAAAAAAAUUUAAAAGGUAAAUAAAUCGAAAUAAAAAUAUAAAUUUUAUUCAAAAAUUUGUAUAACUUGAUUGUGAAUGAUCUCAUUUCUUUCUACUUGUAUUUACAUUUAAAUAAUUGUAAUGCAUCUAGGAUCUGAGAUAUAAAUCAAUAUACAAUCAAUAUACAAUUUGUUUUAUUUUAGCAGACAUUGCACUGCUAUGUUGAAAUAGUAACAUCUAAAUUAUCAUAUCGUUUAGUUUUUUCAAAAAUACUUGCUAAUGUUUGGGCAAUUUUUUGCUCCUUUGUUGUUGGAGCACUUUUUACAUAUUUUUCUAAUUGAGAUUGCGCUUUUAUUAAAUCCCCUACUUUUUCAGGUACAAUAGUUUCCUAAAAUAAAAAGUUAUUAAUAUAUUAAAAAAUAUAUCAAGCAUUAUUAAUAAAAUAUUGUACCUGAAAUUGUUUCAUGUAAUUAGAAAUAUCGUGUACAUAUUCGCCUAUCUCGGUCCAAAGAUUUAGUAAGUCUUGCACUUCGGUACAAGCAGCUACGUGACUAAGCGUAAGGCACAGCUAAACAAUAUUUAUCUAAUAAAUAUAUAAUUAUGUAAGUUUGUAUGUAACAUUAAUUUUAAUUACUUGUUGUAUGAGAGCGUCGCGAUGGGGGUACUCAAUAUAACUUGGUACAUGUUGAGAAUUUUCGAAUGCUAAAGUAAUAUUCUUCCACAAAGUUACGGUAUAUUUACCGUAAGAAUUACAAGAAUAUAGUGCCCAUGCUGCGUUAGUUCGAACUUUGAAAUUCGGGCUAUCACAUAUUAAGUUGCAUAACACAGGAAAUACUUGGUCCUACUAAAACAAUUACAUUGUAUGAAAAAUAAAUAAAAUAAUCAUUUUAUUAAUUA